AUGAGCUUUAUUAGUACUUUUGAUUCGGAUCGUACCCUUUCCCAACUCUAUCACGAUGCAAAAAGGCUUCCUGAAUAUGCAUCGACAACAUUGUUUGGACAUUGGCUUCGAGUAUAUAUUUUCACAGAGAAAGAUUGGGUCAUUUCCACUGAAAGGCCUACAAGGGAGCAUCAUGAUCGUACGCGUCUGGAUAUCGUCGUGCAAACCUUGCUUCUUGAUCCAACAUAUGCGACGAUCAAAUCCAAGUUUCUUCGUAAUACCUGGAUAUUCUGGCUCACAGCAGAGGGGAAAAAACAAAAAUCCGGACGUGAGGAUCUGCGGUACGCCGAAGAACAGGCAUAUACUAAGACUUGGAACUACUUGCAUGAAAACAAGGAUGCUGUACGAUCCUGCUGGGUGAUGACCUACUUUGGCACUCAAGCACGCUUGUGGGCAUGUCAGUAUAAGGGUUCUGGCGCACUCGAAGCUUUCCUUCCCUUGGAGGGGGAAAAUGGUGAAAAGUCUUCCUACCUCGACAUAAAAGAGAACGAACAUUAUUUUAAUAUCGGCUGGGCCUACAUCAAGGAAAAUCUUGUACCAGAGCCUAAUGAGUUCGAGGAGUUUUGGAGGCUUACAACCAGUCCCGCAGGACCUUCUGCUGAAGCUGCCCCUGACCCAUCCCCGACGGAUGACAGGCCUAGCGUAAUCUAUCCCGCGUAUUAUACCUUCGUUGUAGUCGUCAAGCUAAUCAAGACGGCGGAGACGGCGGAGGGGCUUCGUACGCAAGUCAGGCAUUCCGACAAGAGGGAACAGCAUUUUCCGCGACAGUUAUGGCGAAGUGUCAAAGUUAUGUGUGACAACAACGUUCAUGCAGAUGGUUUUGUUGCGGAUGACCUAGGUUAUUGGACGUGGACCCUUGAGCCUGAGCUGGAGGAUGAGGACCCAGAGCAUAUAGGUACAGACAAGACCAAGGGGAAGGGGAAAGGGAAGGCCAAGGAGAAGCAUCAUCAUAAGGCUCGGAAGUGA